GAUAGUGAGCGUCAGUCCAGCUGCGCGCUCACACUAUAGCCAUUUUCCUGUUGACUCCGCUCUCCGCCACGUUGGAUCCUCUACGUGUGUGUGUGUGUGUGUCGCAUUCUCCUCCUGCGCACCACCAGCGUUAUGUUUGUGAUGAGGCGGGAAAUGGCGUCCACACAGACAUGGUUGAUCCGUGACUAGCUACCGAGCGACAGACACAGCUGGCAGCACCGAGCACGGCCCGACCUCUAUCGGUGGCCGUCACGGUCGCGGCCGAGAGCUGACAACGCUGCGGCAAGUUUCGAAGAGCUUCCUUGAUAUAGUCGCUUCUUCUAUGUGACGUUGGAGCAUGAUGAGGCUGAGAGUGCGUAAAGCUCCUCAGCAGCCGAACGUAGGCCGUCGAACCCACCCGUCCCAGGCCAAACGGAAACACUGUGAAGUGGAACCAUCCCCGGUGAGAGGUCGAGGCAAAAUGCAGAAGAAUGAAACAGGCCUGCUCUCCACUAUUAAGAAAUUCAUCCGUGGAAAUGCUGUCAAGGUGGAGCAGGAUAUCCCUGCCAAGAGAAGUCGUAUUGAUUGUAAUUCUGAAAGCGAUCUUAUUACUUCAACACCACAGACUAGAGGCCUUUCCAACAAAACAGUCUCCAGAGUUUGCCGGAAAACUCCAAAUAAAGACACAAUGACAUGCAACAGUAAACCCAUGAAACCAAACGGUAAACUAGAGGCUCCCGUCGAGGCAGCGAGCAGCCCACCACGCACCACCCUGCUUGGAACCAUCUUCUCUCCAGUCUUCAACUUUUUCUCACCAGCAACUAAAACUGCCACUCCUGGCUCAGACUCUCCCGGCCAAGCAAUGGAGGCAGAGGAAAUCAUGAAGCAGCUGGACAUUGAGCAGGCGGAAGAAAUGCCAAGCAGCACUCUUACAUCCACAGAGGGCAUCACUCCAUGUCACACUGCCCCAGUCUUACCACAGAGGCUUCAGAUAGGCUCUGAUACAACCAUAGAAGAAGGGGAGAUUGUCACUGAAACUGACAUGCCCCCGUUAACAGCUCCCGGUAGUAUGCCAGAUGGCAGUUACCCGCACACGUUACCUUCAGCCCCUCCAGAGACUUCAUACGAUGAGGACUGGGAAGUUUUUGAUCCGUACUUCUUCAUCAAGCACGUGCCUCCGCUGACAGAAGAGCAGUUAACACGCAAACCAGCGUUACCUUUAAAAACACGCAGCACGCCAGAGUUUUCCCUCGUCUUGGAUCUGGAUGAAACUCUGGUUCACUGUAGUUUGAAUGAGCUAGAAGAUGCCGCUCUGACAUUCCCUGUACUCUUUCAGGAUGUAAUUUACCAGGUUUAUGUUCGGUUGAGGCCCUUUUUCCGAGAGUUUCUUGAGCGCAUGUCUCAAAUGUAUGAGAUUAUCCUCUUCACGGCUUCGAAGAAAGUGUACGCCGACAAGUUGCUCAACAUCCUGGAUCCCAAAAAACAGUUGGUCAGACACAGGCUAUUUCGGGAGCACUGUGUGUGUGUUCAAGGAAACUAUAUUAAAGACCUCAACAUUCUCGGACGGGAUCUUUCCAAGACGAUAAUAAUUGACAACUCACCCCAAGCCUUUGCCUACCAGCUUUCCAAUGGAAUCCCAAUCGAGAGCUGGUUUGUGGACAGAAAUGACAAUGAGCUUCUAAAGCUUGUUCCUUUCCUCGAGAAGCUCGUGGAGCUGAAUGAAGAUGUCAGGCCGCACAUCCGAGAGCGGUUUCGUUUGCACGACCUCUUGCCUCCAGAUUGAGGAUCUCAUGUUCUUUCAGUUCAAGAUGGUAUCAAAAUUGGAAAAAUACUGACCCCCCCAGAAGGAUAUAUUCAAUGGAUCUCUCUUUGCAAACAUUGCCAUUAUUAUUAUUGUUAUUAUUGUUAUUAUUUUUUUAAAUCAUGCAAAAAAUUUGAAAGCUACGUUUGAGUGAAAAGCCCUGGAUGUUUUUAUGCAUACACGCUCAAACUAGACUCAGAACAAACAGAGCUGCUCGCUGCAGCAGGGUCUUCACUCUUUGCUCGCUUCUUCUAAGUGCGACCUUGAAGACGGCCUCCUGGAAGGUAUUUUGUCUUUUAACAACAAUUUUGGAUUGACAAAACUGAAUGUCAUGCAGUGUUGGAUGAUAUGGACCUUGUUGGCUUCAGCCUGACCUCGAACGACCAGUCAAACCUGUAUAAUAUUCACUCUAUUUACUUGUAAAUAUAUGUACAUAAUGUUUUUUUUUUUCUUUUUUCUCUUUGAGGUUUUUAAGUCAUUUUAUUUUCAGAUUUUAGUAUGUAUUCUUUUGAUUCAGUUGCUUUUAUAAAAACCAACAAAAUGUUAGUGUGUUCUGUUUGAAGUUGCUGAUAAACAGCUGCUUUUCUGUUGUAUGCCUGCAUUAUUCCUGUGAUGCUUUACUCCAUUACAUGCAGUUGUCUGUAAUAAGGUGCGGUUUUAAAAAUGUAUCUUUGGGAGGAAAAUGUUUCUAAAACGAUAUUUUAAAGCUCUGUAAUGUAAGCUAGAAUAGGGUCUCAGCUGAAUACAAAAGCCAUAAUGGCCGAAUAAUAAUUUUGGAGAUUUGUAUUUGAGAGUCCAUUUCGACACCUUGAUCGUCCUCUUUGAUGAGGGGCGGGGCGGGGGUUUCAGGCAUCUUGCACUUUGACAUCCAGCCCUUUGUAAGUUGAUGUAAAAUCUUGUCACUUUUCUACACAGGUGUGUAUCACCUUGGUUUGUUAUGUGGGGGUAAAAAAAAAAAAAAAAAAAGAAAGGAAAAAAAGAAAUUGUAGCACCAGCAAAUUGCCAACAUGUUUGCUUUGAAAUCUUGUUUUCCAAGACGUCUUAUAUGUGGGAUCUUUAUGAUGUAGGAGUCACAAGUUUUAUUGACUAUUGAAUGAUCACUCCUGUUGUAUUCAGUGUUACUCAAUGGUUUCCUUGAAAAUAAAUACAUUUUAUACGA